AUGCACAUGCAAUAACAUGCAAUAGAUGAUACUUUUUUUGGGAUUAGGAGUCCCAUUCUUUUUUUUUGUAUGUAAGGUGAUGCUAAUGCCAAUCUAUGACACGAAAGGACAGAAGAUUUUUUCGCGAAUGAAAUGAGUACUCAUUUGGCCGCAUGUCGCGGUGUCCAAUGUUCCGUAGGGGCAGGGUGUUUCCCAAACAGGCGGCGAAGAUAUUUCGGGGGGGAAACUAGUGGAUCGCGCGAGCCCCAAAAUCUUAGAAGGGUGGGCCCUUCAAUGUCCGACCUCUGACGCUUUGACCUCGACAGCUCCCCCUUCCUCCCUUCAUUCCCUUACCCCCCAUAAAAAUAGAAAGUCCCCCGCGCCUUCUUCACACCGUCAAAACCUAAAAAAAGGAAUUUGCGGCCCCGCACCACCCUCCCGACCCCCACCCCAAUUCCUAUCCACUUGCCCAGUCACGGCCCCAUCUGCACACGUGUCGCACGGUGAAUCGCGAGCCGCUUGGCACGACCCUCACUCGCUCCACAGCUGGGUUCCCACUUCAGGUCCCAAUCACUCCCGAGUACGAGUCUGUUUCCUCCUCAAUCCCGUGUCCCCGCUUCAUAUAUAUAACCCAACCCUCCAUAUCAGUAAACACUUACUUCCCCUCACCACACUCCUUAUUUGCUUCAUUCCAACUCAUGAACUCUUCCUCUUAUAUCUCCCACCCCAACUCCUUUAGCUUCGACUUCGCUGAGCCGCCUCUCUCGUUGCUGCUGUCCCACGACCGGAGCGCAGCGCCCGGGAACUUCUCUGGGGAGGAGGUGCGCCUCGCGUCCGACCACCCGAAGAAGCCCGCCGGCAGGAAGAAGUUCCGGGAGACACGCCACCCCGUGUACCGGGGGGUGCGGCUGCGCGACUCGGGAAAGUGGGUCUGCGAGGUCCGCGAGCCCAGAAAGAAGUCAAGGAUCUGGCUUGGCACCUUCCCCACCGCAGACAUGGCGGCGAGGGCGCACGAUGUGGCGGCGCUCGCACUAAGGGGCCAGUCCGCCUGCCUCAACUUCGCAGACUCCGCGUGGCGGCUGCCGGUGCCGGCGUCACCCAACACCAAGGACAUACAGAAGGCAGCAGCCAAGGCCGCGGAGGCAUUCCAGCUGGUGGAAUCCGAGGAUAUGAUGUCGGGGAACGAGAAGAAGUUGCAUUCGGAAGAGGGAGUGUUGUACGACGAGGAGGACAUCUUCGGGAUGCCGGGGUUGCUCGCCAAUAUGGCGGAGGGGAUGCUCUUGUCUCCACCGGAAUGCAGCGGAGAUAUAUAUGCCGGACUGGACGACGGGAACUUGGACGCGUACGCGUCAUUAUGGAGCUAUUCCAUGUGACCAUUUCUCAAUUUCACUUUAAGUGUUUUGUCAUUAGGGACGACUUUGAUGCCCCGCUUAGUAAGUGUUUUAAUAGAGUGCGGAUAAAAGUUGAAGCGUACGAACACAGAUAUUUUCGGAAGCCAUUUUUGUGGAGUGCCAUUAGAUAACAAAACUGUGUUCACCGCAACGUCGGGCGUUUGCGUAUAGUUAAUAAAGAAACUGCCCGAGUCAACAUGAAUUUGAGAGAAAGUGGUUUUCAGACUUA